AUGUUGCUUAAAAAUGCUUUAACUGAUUUAACUGAUUUCACUGACAAAGUUUGCACGGGACUGAAACUUAGUGAAAUUAUUCUUGAAUUUAGAUCAGGAAACAUUUUGUUUGGAAUUCACAAAAAACGUUAUGUUUUAGUAUACUGCAACAACAAAGUUAAAGGAAUACUUAAAGUUUGUGAUAUUGAACAAUUUCUUGAAAUCAUUGACGAGUUGCCGCCAGAUAAUACUGUGGCUAUUCAUGUAACAUCAGUUCCUGUCGCUUUCUCGAGGAUUACUGUUAAAAAAUGUGCAAGUUUGCCAAACAAUAUUUUAUUCACAAAUAUUCAAGAACUUGAUCGUGUUAUCGAAGGAUACUUUCUAACGAAACAGGACUCUGUUAAGGAUGACAUGCGUACGAUAAUAAGAAAAGUUGAAGAAAUAAAUAAGAAAUUCGAGAAAUCCGAGACUCAAAGAAAA